AUUGUGUGCAAAUUUGAGGCUCGAAACGGCCAUUGUAUAAAUACAUGCCACGACGAUAACAGUGUUUGUAGAUUGUAAAUGGCCUAUCGCACGACAGGUUGUUACAUAUAAGUAGAUCAAGUUGCACUGUGCUCAAGAUUUGCUCUGAGGGCCUACGUCAAAAAAAAUACUCCGUGGUCCCUUGGAACAGCGUCAGACGAGCUUUUUCCUCUUGAAGUCAGCUUUCCGAAUCAAACUCGGCCUGUCUGAGGCCUUAACCAGACUCCAACCCUUGCAAUAAUGGGUCCGGCCGCGCGCAGGGUACCGCCGUUGUUGGCGGCUCUGCUCUGCGUCGCCCACCUGGCCUGCGGCGCCGCAGGCCGGGUGUUGGUGGACCCCUUCGCCUCGCCGCUGCGGUGUGUCACGCCGCCCGCCUGGAGCUCCCGGGGAGUGAACCCGAUGGAGGCAGGCCGGGGGAACGUGACAGUGGUGGCCCUGCUUCAAGCUUCCUGACACUUCUGUCUCUCCCAGGCUUCCGGGCUGGAGACGCUGAGGCACAGCUUAGCGCAGGACGGCCUCCUGGACAUCAAUUUCCUGGUGGUCAACUCCUGGAACGCCUGGCUCCACGCCUACAAGCUGAGGGAGCUCGUGACGUUCCCCGUGUACCAGGAAGGCUUCUUCAGCAGUAUCUGGAACGCCUUGUUCGGGAGAAAGGACGAUAUACUGGUGUAUGACAGGUGCGGUUUCCUGACGUAUCACCUGAGCAUGCCGUACAGCUUCUUGACCUACCCCUACGUCGAGGGAGCGAUCCGAGUCACUUACCAUGGUGACGACCCCUGCAACUGUACCCUGGGGGUGAACCUUGCAACCACUGUAACGCCCUCAACGGUGGCAGAUAACAAGACAGUAGACUCUAAUGAAACUCUCAAUAUCGAGGGCGACUUUGAGGGGCUCAAUGUGACAUCGAAUUCAUCAGGCGAAUUCGAAGUAGCAGCCAACACCACCGUCACAUCCACUCCUAGUACAAGUGAUAAUCAUACCCAGGGUAACGUGACAGAGGUCGAGCCAGUGAAUCUCAAGAAACAGCACAGACAUCAUGGCAAAAAAUACGACAAGAAGAAAUGACAGCACCACGACGUCAGUACCUGCCGUAAGCUCCGCGCCCAGGGUAUCCGCGACAUCUGAUGCUGAUGCUGAUCCGGGACCCGGCUGGCCGAGAACACAUCCGAGAAUGUGCCAGCCGAGCAGCGGAUCUGCGGCAGCUGAUGCUGACCGGACUUCGGCACCACGAACCCCGCGGAACCGGAGCCGUCUCCCUGACAGGACUGAUCCUCGGACAGCGUUGCUGUUACCGCCAACGCGACUGGCGGGGUGAGCAAUACCGGAGCUAGCGCCUGACAAAGCUGAGACGCGAAGCCCGGUCCAGGCGGUGUCCGGACCAGCGUCUGAGGGAGCUGAGCCGCAGACCCGGCCCUGGCCGAGAUCUGCGGUGCAAGUAACAGCAAGUAAAGUGGGAAGAGGUAAGGAGGAGUUCAGAUAGUCAGACAGUAAAGCUGUUCUUCCAGGAGAAAGAACGGCCCCACGUCGAUCAAGAAACUGAAAAAUUACCCAGUGCGCUCUGAAUAAUGUUUGUGAAAUUUUGGUCGUCUUAUAUUCUGUUGAAAAGUCUGUCUACUGAUGCCGAAUUUGGAACGAAUCAUCAUGUUCCUUCAAAAUAUCUGCCGACGACGAAAAACAUGUCCCCCUUCUUAACAGACAUGUUAAAGGAACGCGCAAUAAUUGUUGCAGUCAGCGGCACUGUCGAAGGUUUAUAAUUUCGCCGACUCGGAUUUCGUGGGUUGUAUUUCCAGGGGGCGCUCUCAAAGCUAUUGAUGAAGGCAACCAGAUAAAUCCCACAGGACUCUGUUGCUGGAUGGAAACUACCGGAAAAUGGUAUAGAGUCCGGGGCCGCCCUCUGGAAAAAAAAUCUCUCUGACUAUCUGGAAACGAGACGAUUUUACAAGCAGUAUUCGAUAAUUUUCAAAGAAUGGGGUCUUUAACUUGUUGUAACUGUCCAUGUCUUGUUAAGUGUUGGUUGUUUUGGUUUUUCCUUCUAUCAAUGUCGUUUUGAUGAAUUUACUUAUUCUGGUGAGUUCACUUACCGUUUGCAUGAAAUGCCGUAUUCGUGGUGAUCAAUUCGACCUUCAUAUGUAAUUAAAAAAUUCUGUUCAGUUUCGACCGAAGUGGGAUUUUAUUUUAUUCAGUUUGAAAUGCCAGUUUCAGAAAAUCUGCUGGGUGAACUUACUACCACUUUGAUACGGAGAGCUGUGUCGAGCGUACUUUUGUCCAUUUACCUUUUAUCGUCUUUAUGACCUGCUUUCGUUAAACCCCCAAAUCUGGAGGAACAAAAGCCGUGAUAUACUUCGACGAUCAAGGUGGAUGGACAGAAAAUGACUGACACGCUCAAUUUUCCUCGGACCAGCCAGCCGACCCCAGCAAGCUCGGUGGUCGAGUGGCUCAGACGUCUGCACUAGUAAGCAGGAGGUUGUA